CCUCAUCCUUAAUCAUGAUGUUUUAAAUACCAUGCCAGCUCCUCCUCACUAUACAAUCUUACACCUAAUGAAUCGUAGACAUGCGACCCCCAACCGCGUGUUUGAACUGUAGAAGUUCUAAGCGCAGAUGCGAUCGGGCAGACAGCUCAGCAGCAUGUUCCCAGUGUGUUCAGCGAAACUUACAGUGUCCAACUGCUAUCACCAGUCCUCAACUUCCAAGAGCAUCAGAAGUUCAGGGCCCUCCUCACCCUAUUAUGUCAGUCCAUAUACAAGAUGAAAGGAUGUACUUAGUAGACCUGUACUUUCGCUUCAUUCAUGAUUCCCCUCACAGCCUCUUCCAUGAGCCCACGUUUAAGGCCAGCGUUGCAGAGGGCACAGUGUCAAAACCCGUCCUUCUUGCCAUGCUAGGUUUAUCUGCAAGGUUUGCUACAGAGCCUGAUAUUGUUGCUCGUGGACCAAUGUAUCGCGCCCAAGCUACUGCAGCAUUGAAGAAAGACUUGGAACAUAUCUGUAUUGAGAACAUCCAAGCUUGCAUUCUUGUCGGUAACAACUUCUUUGGUGAAGGUGACGCAGAUGCUGAGUCUUUAUAUUUUGGACUUGCAAGUCGAAUGACUCAAAUUCUGAAGCUCGGUGAAAUUGACGAGAGCGAUGACGGCGUUAUGCGAGAAGUAAAGAGACGCAUAUUCUGGACGUGCUUCAUUAUUGACACUUGGGCCAGUGGAGGUUCUAAUCUAUCACCACAGUUCAGAUGGCGAACUAAACAACCUCGAGGGCCACUCGACGAGUAUAUGUUCUACAACAUGAGAUCAGGAGAUGACGACGUUGCAGACUCGGACUGGAAGCCUGGAUUAUGGGCUCACAUGGUCAGACUGGUUGGGUUAUACGCUCAAAUACAGAACCUCCAGCAAGAACUCGCGAAUGGAGUUGAGUGGAACGAGUCCUUUAUAGAUGAGUCGGUGCAAAGGCUGGAGGCUGAGCUCAGUGCUUUCGAAGAGGGUUUGGGCCCUGAAUUAAUGUUCUCAAGGGAAAACCUGGCUUCUUUCGUUGAACGUGGCUUGGGACGCGUCUUCAUAGCCUUUCAUCUGGGCUAUCACCACUACUAUACGCUAUUGUUCUACCAAUACCUCGAUCAUCGCCGGCCACCUACAAGAAACGGCCGCAAGUACGCUAGCUCCUGCAAAGCUCAUGCUGCGAUUGUGUGCGACGUCCUAAAGGCCUCGAGGGAGGUCCCUGGGGCUGAAGCACUCUACAACAUCGUGGGACAUGUGACGAUCGUGUCCUCGUCCGUGUUGUUGCACACAUACCUGUUUGGAGAGUCUCAUGAGCUUGAGGAGUCAAGAGACCGGCUGAGUUCAAACCUCGAGUCGUUGGUACAACUGCGAAACUACUGGCCCAGCGUGGAGAUGAUGAUCAAACGAUUAGUUGUCUUUCAGAAGAAUUGCAUUCAAUCAAUGAAUGCAGAGUCUUACCGAUUCGACAGGUGGAUGGUCAAGUUUCUCAUUGCUCAUGCACUUGCUCUUGAAGACAAGGUGGAUGAUAGUUGGUCUGCUGCCAGCGUUGAUGCAGCAAACGGAGAUGCCCAUCUAGAACGAGGUCGCGUCACUCAAGCCAUGAUUAUGGAUAUCCAAAACUACGACACGGAGACCUGAUGAGUUAUUCGACAAUGUAAAUGAUUGAAAUGUAAUUGAACCAUUUCCGGCGCAAGACGAACCUGCUUUUCUGAAGAAUAUAGUGCCCAGCGUUAGACAAUGGUCGGAGACCCAAAUCACG